AUGUCACCGUUCUACUAUAAAACAGCAAUUGAGACACUUCAGGAAUUAAGAAAAAGUGGAGAAAGGAAUCCAGAGUUAGUGGUGACCUUGGGAGAAAAAUUAAUUUAUGAAGGUUAUACAGGAAAACUUGGUGAUGAAGUAUGGUCUGUGUACGAACAAGUUUUUAUUGCUGCUUUAGAUUAUCGUAAUGAUGCGUUGGCCAAGACGUGUUUGGAAAGACUUGAGAAACGAUUUCCAAAAUCACCACGAGUAAAAAUAUUAAACGGAAUGAAAUUAGAAGCAGAAGAUAAAUUGGAUGAAGCGUUGGAAUUAUAUGAUGAAAUUUUAAAAAAUGAUGAUUCAAAUAUUGCAACAAUUAAGCGUAGAAUAGCCGUGUUUAAAGCUAAAGGACAAGAUCAACGAGCGAUUGAAGCGUUAACUCAAUAUUUGGAUGCUUUUUAUAAUGAUGCAGAAACGUGGUUGGAAUUAUCAUCAUUGUAUUUGAACUAUCAUUUAUAUCAGCAAGCAGGAUUUUGCUUAGAAGAACUUAUUUUACUUCAACCACAAAAUCAUUUGUAUCAUUUAAAAUAUGCAGAAAUUUUAUAUACAAAUGAUAAUAUUAAUAAUAUCAAUUUAGCUUUAAAAGAAUUUUGUCGAGUUCUUGAAUUAUUUUCUGAUUUAAAUUCUUUAGCUAGUGAACGUCUUUCAAAAGUAUAUUCUUUAGACAGUAAAAAUAAAGUUGGUAACUCAAAUAAUGAACUUCGUCAAAUCAUUCGUGAUUGGUUAAAUGAAUCUGAUAAAAGUUAUUAG